AUGACUUAUCUGCAAAGCCCUCUCAUAGCCAUCCUUUCGCACUCUUUUGAAGAAUAUGUCAUUAAUAAACACAUUAACAAAAGAAGACAAAUAUUUGGUGUCUGUGUUUGUAUAUACGGAUGGCUUACUGUCAUUAAGUUUUUUACGGCCGCUUUCAUCAAAGACCCGACUCUAUGGCCACUAAUAGGCGAUCCUUUCUAUUUGACUGGCGAUCGGAUUCUCUUCAAUCUAGUGAUCGGAUCGAUAGCAUUGAACGCCAGUGCUAUGCGAACCAUAUUUUUAAUUGGCGAAAGUAAUAGAAAGUUUUCGUUUAUUCACGAGUUGUAUUGUCUGCAAACCGGACGACAACACUAUCUACUGAAAGACAAUUUACGCAAAUUCAACAUCCGUUGCGUUUUAUCGCUACAAUUAAUGCUCAAACAGAUCCCGUUUAACGCAUUGGUCUUAUUCUCAUUGAUUUACGGCUAUUACACGGUUUGUGCGAUUCUUAGACAGGACUACGGAUACAGUAUUACAGUAUCGGUGGUAUGGUUUGUAUUGACAUCAUAUGCCGCAUGGGUGGCCGCAUCCAUGCAAGGGGUCAGCUAUAGUCUACUCUACUUAACCCAAUACUAUCUGAACUUACGGUUCAGACAAGUGGCCAACAAAAUUGUGUAUUCAUUGCAUAAAAACAAAACAAUUUUACUGAAUCUAUUGGAAGAACACCACAGAAUCGUUGAGCUGACCGUACAUUACAAUGCAUUCUUCAAUCGGAUCAUUGCCGUCAACUACUUCGCGGCCACAAUUGCCAUCAAUUUGCUCCUCUAUAUCGCAUUCUUUGGCGACGGAAAUGUCUUUUUCCGUAUCGGCAAUGGACUCAUUGCCGUCAACAAGAUUAUCGUUAUAUGUUUGGCCACCUAUUCUGCGGCCCAGUUCUCGGACGAACUCGUUCAAGUAAUUGAGCGCCUGUCCGGUCCCACAAUUGAGCCCCCAAUGAGGAUAAGGAAGACUCCGCCGACGUUUUUCAUACCCAUCUCGAGGAGAGCGGGCGUACCUUUGCUAAGACAGGCGCCGCCUCCGGCCUUCUGUGUCCACCACGUCUUCUUCAGUUCCCGCAAAACUCCCGUUUCUUGUAAUUUCACGAUCGCUUCCGAGAGAGGGGUUCGGUAUUUGGAAUCUAUAUUAAGUUAA